UUGGUGCAGCACCACCAAGGCUCCAAAGAAUGAUGCUACAGCUACAGAUAUGUGACCCGGUGGUUUGUUAUGUUCCAGCCAAGCUUAUGUAUGCAGCAGACGCUCUGUUGUGGGCGCACUUGGCAACUAGUUACGACGUGGAGCCAGAACUUACCAGUGACAUGCAAGUCAUGGUCCAUGCUUUUGUCACUUUGCUGCCAGUAAGUGCGAAAAAGAAAGCACAGUUACAGCAGGCCAUGGCAACAGAUCAAAAGCUACAACGUCUCAAUCGACAAAUAGAAAUGGGCUGGCCUUCAAAGAUUGAAGAUGUGUCAACCAAGAUACGAGCAUACGGGACGAUCAGAGACGAGCUUCAUCAGGCAGACGGCAUAUUGUUCAAAAGAAGGAAGAUAAUUAUACCAGAGGCCCUACAAUCAGACAUGCUAAAGAUUGCACAUGAAUCUCAUCGAGGGCUGGAAAGAUGCAAAAAGCGAGCAAGAGCGGUCAUGUAUUGGCCAGGAAUGACAAAAGACAUCGACCAAGUGGUUAGUCAGUGCAGGACCUGUCUGUGUUUCUGGAGGAGCAGUACUAAGGAGCCUCUUUUGCCACAUGCACUACCAACAAGGCCAUGGGAAAAGCUGGGAGUGGGUAUCAUGACUUUGAAAGCAAAAGAUUAUCUGAUAGUAGUGGAUUAUUCCAAGUACAUAGAUUUUCAGCAACGGAGAGACAAGACUUCAUCGCCGGCCAUUAACGCCAUGAAGUACAUGUUUGCUACUCACGGUAUUCUAGAAGAAAUAAUAUCUGAUAACAUGCCAUUCGCAAGCAGAGAAAUGCAAACCUUCGCCAAUGAAUGGGGAUUCACCAUUACAACCACAAGCCCGGGGUAUUCAAAAUCUAAUGGCUUCGCAGAGAGGAACGUACAAAUCAUAAAGAACCUGCUCAGAAAGACACUUCAUGAUGGAGGAGACCCGUACCUGGCACUGCUCAACCAAAGAAACACUCCUAGACCGCAGCUGCAAGCGUCCCCAGCCGAGCUCCUCAUGCCCUGAACCUUGAAGUCAAAGUUGCCGGCAGCCCCAGAAGUGCUUCAGCCACAAUGCCUCGAGACGUACGGGAACAGCUGAAACAAUGACAAUGGCAGCAGAAGUACUAUCAUGACCAAGGAGCUUGACCAAACAGAGAACUAUGCUCAGGCGAAGUCGUUCGAUUGCAAAAGGGAAAGAAUGGAAACCUGCAGUAGGGAUAAAGCAGUACGUGAUAAAACACGAAGGCAAAGUUCUGUGCAGAAAUAGACGACAUCUGAACCCCUCACUGGAACCGCUCUCUGAACUUAGCGAGGGAUUGGACUAUGACUCGGACAUCGUCGACCACCAUGAUACCAUACCAGUCUAGGAGAUCCAUCAGACAGCACAGAACAGGGAUAGCAACUCCCAACCUCGCCAAAGAAGGUGACCAGAUCAGGACGGGAGAUCAAAACACCGGCAAGACUGAAGGACUAUGUUACUUAUUGAAAGAGGAGAGAUGUGACAGUAUUGACUCUAUUAGUUUUAAGACUUGGAGCAUGCGUAGUACAAGGUAUGCUAAAGCGCAGAACAGCGAAUAACUUUAGUAGCUGUGUUGAGUUGCAUUACUAGAGUCUAUAAUACAACUGAA